GUAGUAGUGUCAUGUGAUCCACUGUUCAAAACGCUUGGGAUAGUUUGUGACCGAUUGUUGUUGUGGCAUUAAUUGAAGGAUGUCGGUCAGUUUUAUACUUGAUACUUGAAAUAAAUCAACUUGUAAUAAAUCAUGGCUCGUACGAAGCAGACUGCACGUAAGUCCACCGGUGGGAAAGCCCCCCGCAAGCAGCUGGCCACCAAGGCAGCCCGCAAGAGUGCCCCGUCGACUGGCGGUGUCAAGAAGCCUCACCGAUACCGGCCCGGCACCGUAGCCCUCCGUGAGAUCCGUCGCUACCAGAAGAGCACGGAGCUGCUGAUCCGCAAGUUGCCCUUCCAGCGUCUGGUCCGUGAGAUUGCCCAGGAUUUCAAGACUGAGCUGCGAUUCCAGAGCGCGGCCAUUGGAGCCCUGCAGGAAGCCAGCGAGGCCUACUUGGUGGGUCUUUUUGAGGACACCAACCUGUGCGCCAUCCACGCCAAACGGGUCACUAUCAUGCCCAAGGACAUCCAGUUGGCCCGACGCAUCCGUGGGGAGCGUGCCUAGGCACCAGUAGCCCCCCCAGAAGACCACCUGGGUUGGCAAAUUGGUUCUUUUUUGGCAGAUUCCUUCUUGUAGCCUUGCCAAACCAAUAGAGUAUUUUUACAUCUUCACAGUAUGCGUGUGUAUGUGUGGUUUUGUGCUUUUGUCCCCGUUUUGUGUUUGGUAAUGCUUCUUUUCCUGUAGUGUUUCUUGUGUAGAUUUGAAUUCCAAUUUGUGCUAUUUGCUUUCUUAUUGCCUCAAGCAAUGUGGAUUUUCUCUACAAAUCAAUCUUAUGGAAAUGUGAUAAUAAACACAAUCAGCACUCCAAUCUUGGAAAUUUUAAGGUCAUUUUACCUGAGGCAGUCAACACACGUUAAAAAUACACUGCAACGCAUGAUCAAUGUUCAUGCCUGUAAUUAGCUGUAUUGCCAUCUUUAAUUAAUCCAAGAAGAAAAAUUAAUUUUGAAGUUGUACUUGCAAGAAGUCCCUCUGCAUUGAAUUUCCCCUCUAUGUCAAGCAGCUUUUGUAUUAUUUGCAGCCUCCACUGGUUUGUCAGCAAAAGAAAAAAAUCAAAACCACAAAGCAUUAUUUGAUAUUUGUUUUGAUUUUAGAAAAACAACCCAGGAAUUUUGUAUCACAGAACAUGAAAUAUCCAUAGAGGCUUCAUUUUAUGUCUUGGAUAUGUAAUUAGGUAGAAGGGACCAAAAUUCUCUACACUUGUACCCAUAUAAAUGUAAUACAUAAGUAAAUAAACCCUUUGUGCUCAUGAAUGCACUGAAGUUCAAUCAGGGAUUUUUUUGACCAUUGCUGGAGAUGGCAUUUAAUAGAGGUAAAGUCUAUUUGAUGUUUGUAAGUCCCAUUUACUAUGUAUAAGUUAUUCUGUCUGAUUUUUAUGAGUAGUUGUAUACAGGUAGCUGGUUAUACAUGUAUCCAGUGUUUUAGUAAAUAGUUUUGAAUGAGAUAUCUGGGCACUUUGUUCCCCGCCCUCAGAUUGAGUAUACGUGUAAGAAAAAACGUCCUUGUUCAUUGUUGAUCUACAAAGGCAAAGUUAGAAAAAGGAAAUAAACUGAGGAAAAAGACCUGGUCUCUGUGAAUUUGGUUGAAGUCGGUGCUUGGUCAGUGAUCAGGUAUGCAGAGAGGUCUUCCCUUUCAAACAUAAACGCAAUUUUGAACGCGAUUUCGAACAACUCUGUUAUUAAUAUGUCACAGUUGGAGGAUUGAGAAAAGUUAAGGUGAAGAAAAAAGUAAACAAAGGUUUUACGUUCUGCCGAAAAUUCUGUGAUUUUUGUCUAGAUUUCAAUUUUUUUUAGUGUAAAAUGCAACCGAAGACCUCAUGUUUUUGAAUGACCAUGACUGUCCUUGUCAUUUGCAUUAUUAGUGUAAUAAAAUAUUCCCCAGUUGAAAAGAAA